AUGGAGGGGAGGAGACCAAGAGAGAGAAGCAGGAGUUUGACGGGCACAGCGCCAGCUGAUCAGAGAGAUCAGAGCGCCAGAGGGGGCCGAUGUGGUAGUCGGGGUAGGGGGGGGGGUCGCAGGAUGACCUACACGAUGCUGGCGGAGCUCUCGGAGAAACCGCCCUCCGAGGUGGCCAUCACCCUCUCCUCCUCUCCUGCCUUUCAAGAGCUCCUGGAGGAGCGAGAUAUCCGGCCUGACCUCGUGCAGCUGGUUUGCUCUGCCCUUAGCAGGGCCUUCCAGUCGCGCGUGGAUAGGAGCACGGUCCAGCACCUUGCUGGUGUGGUGAAGGACAGCGGGUUCCUGCGCACCAUCCUCCCGCAAUACGUAGGUGGAAUGAGUUCAGAGUCCGACCCCACCCGCAGGGAACAGUACCCGCAGCACUUUGACAACAUGAUAGCUGUCCUGUCUAAGGUGCUCAGCAUCUUCCCAGCCAGCUCAGUCCAGGCUGUGUCUGUACUGGUGGUUCUCUUGCGGGCCUCUCUCAUUGGCCUGAGGGACUCUGGGGUUGACAUCGCACGUCCAACUGAAGAAAAGCUGGAAGACAUCCAGGCUUUAAGCCAGCAACUCCAAGAGAGAUCCAGGGAGGGAAGCCUGCGUUCAGACCGGGACCUCCUUCCACUCUUAUCCGACCAACUCGACAACAAAGGUGAGGAAGAUCUGGAGAACUUUCGUACAAUACCCAUCUAUCCAACCAGAGAGGAGUUCCAUGAAAAUAAGACACCCUACCUGAGGCCCAACACCACUACUCGCCAACACGCCAACACAGAAACCUACCUUGACACACACUUCCGACUGCUGAGAGAGGACUUUGUGCGGCCGCUACGUGAGGGGAUCCAGAGACUCAUCUGGAGCCAUUUGGACCAGGGGAAGAAUACCCAGCAGCUUAAGAAGGAGCGCUUCAACGACAUCAGUGUGUACUUUGACGCCAAACUGGAGUCGCCUCUGUGCACUCGUUCAGGCUUAGCCUAUGUUAUCGAAUUUGACGUUGAGCCUCUGAAGUUUGUUCGCUGGGAAAGCUCAAAGCGGUUACUCUAUGGUUCUUUGUUGUGCAUGUCGUGUGACAAUUUUGAGAGCAUCCUGUUUGCUACAAUAUCUGAACGAGAGCUGAACGACUUGAAGAAAGGCAGAAUUCAGGUCAUCUUUUCUGAUGAGAGCAAACAAAAGCUGGCAACCAUGCAGACCAAUCUGCCGUUUCUGAUGGUGGAGACGUCUGCCUACUUUGAGGCCUACCGUCAUGUUCUGGAGGGCCUGCAGGAAGUACAGGGAGAUGAGCUUCCCUUUCAGAGGUAUAUAGUGGAGUGCAGCCCAGAUGUGCAACCCCCACGGUAUCUGAGGGAAAACGACGUGUACAACCUGGAACAGGUGGCAGACCCUAAGAAGAACCAGAAGAUCAAGCCCUUUCACUGCCUCAGGCCUGCUGACUGGCCUGCCAAGGAGACCCUCGACCUGGACGAGUCUCAGAUGGAAGCCUUUCAAUUGGCUCUCACUCAGGAGCUAGCCAUCAUACAAGGACCCCCUGGCACUGGAAAGACCCACGUCGGCCUUAAAAUCGCUAAGGCACUGUUGACCAACCAGGGACUCUGGAGUGCCGGUCAGGAGGCCGCGCCAAUGCUUGUCGUGUGUUACACAAACCACGCUUUGGACCAGUUCCUGGAGGGUAUCCAUACAUUUCUAAGAAAAGGCAUUGUGAGAGUUGGGGGCCGGAGCAACAGCGAGGACCUGAAACCCUUCAUCCUGAAACAUCUAAUGGAAGCCUUCCGUAAGGGGAAUUUGGAUAGAAACAUGCCCAACCACCUACGAUAUGCUUUUACAGAGAUUAUACGCGAUCUGAAAAGUCGGGAGCAUGAGGUCAAUUUUCACUCGGUACAACUACAGUGCAGUCAGAAGGGGGUCCUCCGGGAGAACAUUCUACAGAAUUACAUUUCAGAUAGACACUGGCCCAGUCUGGAACCGCCUGCAAGGUCCAUCCCUGGCUGGUACGAAGAGCUGCAUUCAAGAGAAAAAAGGCAGAGUCAGAUGGUUGAGUGGUUGGGAUUAGGUCCCACAUUCUUCCAGCAGGAAGCGGAAGAGGAAGCCCAUGAAGACAUUGAAUCGGACCCAGAAGCGGAAGCGGAUGAGAUGAUCCAGAUCGCUGAGGAAGCAGACCAGAUUCACGAUGAGCGAUUUAUCGAAGACGGCUUUGAGCGUCCAAAUUCGAGGAUGAUCAGGCAGCAGGAAGUGCACCAGGCAGAGGAACAGAUUCUGGCAAUGAACUUUAAGAAUGUCCGCCGACAGGGGGGCCAGAGUGACCAGGAAUGGCAGAUGCAGAGAAACCAGAGGAAAAGUAUCAAGAGAAAAUUCCGGAAGGAACUGGAUAAGGAAUCAGAUAUGACUGAAAAAGAGGAAAUGGCCAUAUUUGAUAUUUGGCAACUGAGUUUGGCAGAACGAUGGAGACUUUAUCGGCUAUGGGUGUCACGCUACAGGUCUUUUCUGCAAGAUCAACUUCAGAAGUCCAUGGAGGAAUACCAGAACACGGUGGAAAGGUUGGAGGAGGUGCGGCUCAACGAGAAAAUCUGUCUCCUCCGCAACGCCAAGGUCAUCGGCAUGACGACCACAGGGGCGGCCAAGUUCCGUAAGAUCUUGCAGGAAGUGCGUCCGCGGCUGGUGAUAGUGGAGGAGGCUGCUGAGGUGUUGGAGGCCCACACCAUCACCUCUCUGAACCCAGAGUGUCAGCACCUCAUCCUCAUCGGAGACCACCAGCAGCUGCGGCCUAGUGCUACAGUGUACGAUCUGGCCAAGAACUUCAGUCUGGAGGUUUCCAUGUUCGAGAGGCUGGUGAAAACUGGUUUCCCUUUCGUCAGGCUCAACUAUCAGCAUCGCAUGAGGCCCGACAUCGCCCGCCUCCUGACUCCUCACAUCUACCCCGAGCUGGAGAACCACCCGUCAGUCAUGGACUACGACAAUGUCAAGGGCAUCCAAACCAAUCUGUUCUUCCUGGAGCACAGCCACCUAGAGGAAAACCUCAGGGAUGGGAAAAGUCACGAGAACAAACAUGAAGCCAUGUUUGUAGUUGCUCUGUGUCGCUAUCUUCUGAUGCAGGACUACAAUCCAGAACAGAUUACUAUCCUCACCACGUACAGCGGACAGCUCUUCUGCCUGCGCAAUAUGAUGCCCUCCUCCGAGUUUGCAGGGGUCAAAGUGCAUGUAGUUGACAAGUAUCAAGGGGAGGAGAACGACAUUGUCUUGCUGUCUCUGGUCCGCAGCAACACCAUGGGUAGUGUGGGCUUCUUGAGCAUCCCCAACCGCGUCUGCGUGGCAUUAUCACGCGCCAAGAAAGGCCUCUACUGCAUUGGAAACAGUGCAAUACUGAGCAAAGUCAAACUGUGGAGCAAUAUCUUUGGCACCUUGAAAGAGAAGGAACAGAUGGGCAAAGCGCUCACUCUGUGCUGUCAGAACCACCCAGAAAAACAGAUCCAGGCCGCCUGCUCUGAGGACUUCAAACAAGCCCCCGAAGGGGGGUGUUUGACGCCUUGUGAGUUCCGCUUGGACUGCGGCCAUGUUUGUGCUCGAGUAUGCCACCCUUAUGACCCCCAACACAAGAAGUACAAGUGUGAGAAACACUGUGAGAGAAAACUGUGUGAUCGUGGACACAAGUGCCCAUUGGCUUGUCACCAUCCAUGUCCCGCGUGUCCGGUGAAGAUUGAGAAGACCAUACCAGGUUGUGGGCACAAGCAAAUGGUCCCUUGCUACAUGGACCCUGCGGUCUUCAAAUGCAACGAACCCUGUGAGAAAAGUCUCCAGUGCGGACAUCAGUGCAAAGCAGUGUGUGGGGGUCCAUGUACAAUUAAAUGCAAGGUAAUGGUCCCCUUCAUUCUAGAAUGUGGACAUACCCAGAGUGAUAACUGCUUCUACAAGACAAAGGACUAUGAGCCUAACUGUAGGACCCCAUGUAACCUACAGCUGAAAUGCGGCCACAGCUGUACUGGUACUUGCUACGAAUGCAACCAGGGGCGCUAUCACCUUCCAUGCUCCUACCAGUGUGAACGUCUGCUCAUUUGUUCCCAUAAGUGCAGGGAACCUUGCACCGGUGAGUGCCCUCCAUGCAAGCUGCCCUGUGAGAACGUCUGCAUCCACAGCAAGUGCAAGAAACGUUGUGGACAACCCUGUGCCCCUUGCACAGAGCCUUGUGCCUGGCAAUGUCUGCACCAAAGCUGCAGCAAGCUUUGCCACGAACCUUGUGACCGCCCUCCAUGCACAAGGCCCUGUCUCAAAAUGCUGGACUGUGGCCACCCCUGCAUAGGCCUCUGCGGAGACAAAUGUCCAAAGAAGUGUCGCGUCUGUGAUCACGACGAGGUCACAGAAAUAUUCUUUGGCUCUGAGGACGAUCCCGAGGCCUACUUCAUUCAACUGGAGGACUGCGGUCACAUUGUUGAGUCCAAAGCUAUGGACACAUACAUGGAGAUGGACCAGAAGUCAGAGGACAACAAGCAGAUGGUCAUCAAACUGAAAGAGUGCCCCAGAUGUCGCACUCCGAUCCGCAGGAACCUUCGCUACGGCUCUCACAUCAACCGCAGCCUGGCUGAGAUAGAGAAAGUCAAGGAGAAGAUAAAUGGACACAAGAUAGAUAUUGAAACUAAAAGAAACACCAUCAAAGUGCAAUGGGAAACCAAUCACAGACAACUUCUUACAUAUUGGCCGUUCAAAUGUCAAGAUCAUGUUCAAAGCCAAUUGUCAGAGUCAGAUCUCACCGCUAAUGACUUGCUGGGUCUGGAACAUACAAUGCUUUUUAUGGACAGAGCUGCCAUGCUUCUCAAGAUCCAAAGAAAGGAGAUGACUGGAAACCACAGCCUCCGUUUCACAGACAAAGUUGAUGUGUUCCUCCAAUGGCUUUUUCACCCAAAUCAGAAAUUCACUGAACAACAAGUCUCAGAUCUGCAAAAGGAACUGCAGAGACUCACCCUUUUGGCUGAACUCAACGCUCGGUGCACAAUGGCAGACGCAAGAGAACAAAUGACAAAAAUCCAGGCUGAGGUAGAUGCUAUCAGGAGGGUUCUGGAUAAGAUUGACUCGUUCACUGAACAAGACGCAGACAAAGUGAAGCUGGCCCUAAAGGAUAUAGAAGAAAAGAUCCCUUACACGGGCCUUGGCAUUAGUGAUAAGGAGAAGGCGAUGGUCAUUUCAGCUCUGAAGUUGCCACCUGGUCACUGGUACAAGUGUCCCAACGGCCAUGUCUAUAUCAUAACGGAGUGCGGAGGGGCAAUGGAGAGCAGACUCUGCCCAGACUGUGAUGCAACUAUCGGUGGACAGAGUCACGCUUUGGCCAGUGGAAAUCAGGUCGCCUCAGAGAUGGACGGAGCGCAGCACGCAGCUUGGUCCGAGGGCAAUAAUCUGUUGAAUUUUGAUCAAUUAGACUUAAAUGACUAAAACACGAUCACCUGUUGGCUGACCAGGAUUUUGCAUGUGGGGAUUGUUAAUUGGUUGGUAGGUUGACAGGUUUAGCAGGUCGGUAAGUUAAUUUGACUACUUUUACCUACUCUGUAGUAGGUUUACCUACAGCAAAAUUGUCAUAUGCAAGAAUGUUGGCUGAUUAUAUGGGUAUAAUGAUAAGACUACUAUAACUUUAAUGCUAUGGUAAAAAUUGUUUUUUAUUCUUUUUAGAUACACACAUGCCUAAAAACAUGCACACAAUGUAUUAAUAACAUGGCUACACUGGAUCAAUUAGAAAAUAUAUCUUUACGAGGAGCAGUACAUUUGAAAAACUGAUGAUGCUUUCUUUCUUGUUCAUGCUUGAAGUGUUGUACUUCAUUUAUUACAUAAACACAGUCCAGCCUCCUAGCUUAAAACAAAAUCAACUGCUUGCACCGCGAUGAAUCAAAGGACAACUUUGUUGGGGAAAAGCACAACCUACUAAAAUAGCAUUGUCAAGGCAAGUGAUGAAAACAAUCACAUUUUAAAUGGAUGUCUUGCAAAGUUACCGAGGGGGGCAAUAAUGGACAAAAAUGCUUGCAAUGAAAUAUAAGAAUAUAUUUAUGCUGAAUGAUUAUCUCAUAUAUCUUGUUAAUAUGCUCAUUGUCACAAUUGCAGUAGACCGGUAGGCCUACUUAUACCAGGUCUGGUAGAACCAGGAGUGUGUGUAGAUAGCACCAAAAAAAAAAAAAUCAAGAAAGGGAUUUGCUAAUCAUUUACCUGUGAGGAGAAGAAGAGUCUGAUCAAAAAGGAAAGAACAAGGUCAUUAUUGUAGAGAGAAAUGCUGUCAAAAUAAAGUUUUCCAUCCUGUAAAUAAAACAAAAAAAGAAAAACAAUCCUCAUUUUUUAUUAUGUUUCAGAGAGGUCAUCUCUCCGAAGUUCAGCACUGCAAUCAAUUAUGGAAGGUUGAAACCCCUUACGGAAAACAAACUGAAUCGGUUUUGUCAACUAGGAGGGGGGAGGGGGAGGUAUAUGAUUUGUGAACUCUGACGGUGCCCAGGGAACAGCUCUGAAAUACUCUCAGAUACCCUAUAUGUGAUGAAUCAAUACAGUGCUCAAUACAGUGCUAAUCAACAACUAUAGGAGAACAUCACUUAUCACAUCUUGGAACUUUUAAGAUUUUCCUCUUAAAGGAAAAUUAUAUUAGUUGAUGAAAAACAAAGUUGGAUAGAUCUAUAAAAUACUUAAAUAAGGUAAAAAAAAAAAAGAAAAGACUAUCAAUAGUAACACUUCGGUGGAGGCCGGUGGUCGUCGGGUACGAGGCCCGCCAUCGCCUGCCUCCUGACCCCACACAUCUACCCCGAGCUGGAGUACUACCCGUCAGCCAUGGACUACGAUAACGUCAAGGUGAUUGUUGAAUCCACUGCUGCUCUCUCCUCCAGCAGUACACACCUUCCGGCCUGAGGCGUUUAUCUUUUUCUAUUUGGAGGGAUUCAGAACGUCUGACCUUUCCAGUGUGUGUGUGUUUGUGUGUGUUAGUGCUGUGACAUUUGAUCUAUUUGGACUACUUUUCUUUGCCCCUUCUACAAUUACAGAGUCAUCCAAUUGAAUGUAUUUUAAUACUUUUAUAUCUCCAAAUAGAUGAUCCUUUCAGGGCCAUAAUGUAUAUUAUCGAUUGUCUGCUUUAUCACAGGGCAUCCCGACCAAUCAGUUCUUCCUGGAGCACAGCCACCUAGAGGAAAACCUCAGAGAUGGGAAGAGUCAAGAGAACAAACAUGAAGCCAUGUUUGUAGUUGCUCUGUGUCGUUAUCUUCUGAUGCAGAACUACAAUCCAGAACAGAUUACUAUCCUCACCAGGUACAGCGGCCAGCUCUUCUGCCUGCGCAAUAUGAUGCCCUCCUCUGAGUUUGCAGGGGUCAAAGUGCAUGUGGUUGACAAGUACAAAGGGGAGGAGAACGACAUUGUCUUGCUGUCUCUGGUCUGCAGCAACGCCAUGGGCAGUGUGGGCUUCUUGAGCAUCCCCAUCCGCGUCUGCGUGGCAUUAUCACGCGCCAAGAAAGGCCUCUACUGCAUUGGAAACAGUGCAAUACUGAGCAAAGUCAGACUGUGGACCAAUAUCUUCGGCACCUUGAAAGAGAAGGAACAGAUGGGCAAAGCGCUCACUCUGUGCUGUCAGAACCAAACCUAAAAACUGAUCCAGGCCGCCUGCUCAGAGGAUUUUAAACAAGCCCCCGAAGGGGGGUGUUUGACGCCUUGCGAGUUCCGCUUGGACUGCGGCCAUGUUUGUGAGCGAGUAUGCCACCCUUAUGACCCCCAGCACAAGAAGUAUGAGAAACAUGUGAGAGAAAACUGUGUGAUCGUGGACACAAGUGCCCACUGGCUUGUCACAGUCAAUGCCCAGCGUGUCCGGUGAAGAUUGAGAAGACCUUACCAGGGUUUGGGCACAAGCAAAUGGUCCCUUGCUACAUGGACCCUGCAGACUUCAAAUGCGUUGCACCCUGUUAGAAAAAUCUCCAGUGCGGACAUCAUUUUAAAGCAAAGUGUGGGGGUCCAUGUACAAUUUAUUGCAAGGUAAUGGUCGCCUUCAUUCUAGAAAGUGGACACACCCAGAGUAAUAACUGCUUCUACAAGACAAAAUAAUUUGAUUCUAACUGUAGGACCCUGUGUGACCUACAGCUGAAAUGCGGCCAAUGGUACUGGUACUGUACUGGUACUUGCUACAAAUGCAACCUGGGGUGCUAUCACCUCCCAUGCUCCUACCAGUGUGAAGAUCUGCUAAUUUGUUCCCAUACGUGCAGGGAACCUUGUACCGGUGGGUGCCCUCCAUGCAAGCUGCCCUGCGAGAACGUCUGCAUCCAGAGCAAGUGCACGAAACGGUGUGGCCGACCCUGCGCCCCUUGCGCAGAUCCUUGUGUCUGACAAUGUCUGCACCAAAGCUGCAGCAAGCUUUUCCACAAACCUUGUGGCUGCCCGCCAUGCACCAAGCCCUGUUCCAAAAUGCUGGGCUGCAGCCACCCCUGCAUAGGCCUCUGCGAAGACAAAUGUCCAAACAAAUGUAGGGUCUGUGAUCACGACAAGGUCACAGAAAUAUUCUUCGGCUCUGAGGAUGAUCCCGAGGCCUACUUCAUUCAACAGCAGGACUGCGGUCACAUUGUUGAGUCCAAAGCUAUCGACACAUGCAUGGAGAUGGACAAGCAUUUAGAAGAAAAUGAGCAGAUGGUCAUCAAACUGAAAGAGUAACCCAGAUGUUGCACUUUGAUCCGCAGGAACAUUCGAUACAGCUCUCACAUCAAUCGCAGCCUGGCCGAGAUAGAGAAUGUCAAGGAGAAGAUAAAUGGACACAAGAUAGAUAUUGAAAUUGAAAGCAACACCCUCAAAGUGCAAUGCCAAACAUAUUUAAUAUGCGUGUUCAAAGCCAAUUGUCAGCAUCACAUUUCACCGCUAAUGAACUGCUGGUAGUGGAACAUAUCCUUUUCAUGGAGAGAGACGCCAUGCUUCUGAAGAUCCAAAAGGAGGAGAUGACUGGAAACCACAGCCUCCGUUUCAAAGACAAAGUCGUUGUGUUCCUCCAAUGGCUUCUUGACCCAAAACAGAUAUUCACUGAACAAGUGCCUGAAGUUGCCGCCUGGUAGCAGGAAGAAGUGUCCCAACGGCCAUGUCUAUAUCAAUGCGGAGUGCGGAGGGGCAAUGGAGAGCAGACGCUGCCCAGGCUGUGAUGCCACUAUCGGUGGACAGAGUCAUGCUUUGGCCAGUGGAAACCAGGUAGCCUCAGAGAUGGACGGAGCGCAGCACGCAGCUUGGUCAGAGGGCAAUAAUCUGUUUAAUUAUGUUAAAUAGACUAUGAUGACUAAAACUCGAUCACCUGUUUCGCUGAGAAAGGGUUGGUUUGUUCUCUUGUUUCUGUGUUGGAGUUUUUUUUCGGCACGUUAAUUUAAUUUUUUUUCUCUUGAAUAGGUUGACAUUUAAUCACUGUAACCGUGUUUCCACCAAAAUUAAACAGAACUUGGGUUACACAGAAUUACACAGAAAUAUUCGCUAGGACCUAGGUAAUGUUCCUGCGGUCAAAAUGCGUCGCUUGUUAUAGGCGAAAAUGUUGGCCGAUUAUAUAGGUAUAAUGAUCUGAAUACUGCUAUGCCUGUGUCUUUUAUGCUUUGGUCAAAUUGUAAGCCUUGUUGUGUUUCAGCAAUAGAGGGGGAUGGAUUUGUAAAGAAAAAAAUAAGUGUGUGAUUCCAAGUUGCUGUUUUCAUUUAUUCAAUAUUACAUUCAGGGCAUUUAGCCGACGCCGUUAUCCAAAGUGACUUACAAUAAGUACAUUUGUCGGAAGAAAGAGAAACUGUUGGUACAGUAAGGAUGUUCAUAGAAACAAGUGCCAAGCACUUACAAUUGCUAGGUUAACCCAUUCACCGUACACAACAAUGAUAGCU